AAAACGAAUUUGAAUGAAUCUUAGUAUCAAUUCUAAAGUCUGCGGGUGAAAAUGUUACACAAACUGGAUUUGAGCUGCCUCACCAUUGUGCUGCUGCUAAUUUGUGCCAAAUUAAGUGCAGGUCAGGCAGUGACACAAAAGCCACUGCCGCCGCCGCCGCCGACGUCGCCGCAUUCAACACAAACAACAAAAAGUCCCCAAAAUGAUACUCAGCUGCUUGAGGUGCUUCGCCUGGAACAAGUGAAGUGGCUGCGCCGCCAAAAGGCCCAAGAAAUGUUACGCUAUCUGAAUACACAGCAGUUGCCCUGCAAGGAUUUCUACGAAUAUGGCUGCGGCAAUUGGCUGAAGGCCCAACUGGCCGACCAGGCUGUGCAGCCGGGCGAGUCUUGGAGUGUGGAGGAUGCCAUGGAGGCCCAAUUGAUUCGUCAAAUUCAAAAUAUUUUGACUGAUGCUGAAAAUGCGGCACAACUCAAUGGUACCAUGGUGAAGAGUUUCUAUUGUUCUUGCCUGCAUGCCGAGGCCGAGUCGUCUGAACAGAAGAAGUAUAUCAGAACAUUUGUGGAGUACUAUGGGGGACUGCCCUACAUGCGAGAUAGCACAUGGCAGGAGACCAACUACAAUUGGACCAAAGUUAUAGGUCAACUCAAGCAUCGCUAUAACUUGGAUAUUUUGAUUCGUUUUACCAUACCCAAGACCAGGCCGGAUCGUGGGGCAACGACCCCCAUACUAGAGGAGCCCAGCAGGACUGUACUACCUCCCCACCUAUGCAACUAUUUGGCCGCUGAGCAGGCCAGGGAAAACGGGGAUGAGGUCUUCAAUGGCAUUCAAUCGGAGAUAAAGGAUAAUCUCAUGGCCUGGCUGGAUUUGGGCGACACAGAUGCCACUCGGCUGGCGGGCGAUAUACAACGCUUCGAAUUCGAGCUCUGCAAAUACAUGAGGAAGCGCGAUCUUAGAGAUCUACCCUUUGGAGGAAACGAAACCGAUUGGCGCUACAAUGCAAUAGUCUACAAUACCAUGCAUGGAGUGCCUCAGCCCAAAAUUACCAACCAGAUCGUGCCGGUGAGUAUCUUGGAUAGUCGAUAUGGUCUGGACUUCAGCAAAUUUGUUGAAGUUUGCGUGGGCACCAUAAAUGCGCCUCGAACAUUCUACUUUCGCGAUGAGGAGUAUUUUCAACAUCUCAGCACCAUAGCUAAAAAGGGCUUAACACCCUCGUUUGCCUACUACAUUAUGUAUCGGGCCUUGUCUGAAAUUCUAAUACCCCGAAAUCUGGCUGCCUCCGAACGUCCCAACUAUUGUGCUCGCAAAACUUUGCAACUUUUCCCCAAUGCUCUGGGUGACCUAUAUCAGGCUCAGUACCGUGACGAUCGUGUUCUCAAGGACUUGCAGCAUAUUUUGGAUUACAUCAAGAAAACCUUUGCCAGGAGUAUUGAAACGAAUGCCCACUGGCUGCCGGAAUUCUUGCGCAGCGACAUCAAACAGCGCUCAUGGUCAAUCAGAGAACCUGAAUUCCAUGCUGGCCUUGAAAUGAACAAAAAUCCCAAAAUGGAUAACAACAACCAAUUUUGGAGUCUGCUGGAUGCGGUGAUGCUGCAAAGUGCCCACCAGCACAUGGAUGAAUUGAGGAGUUACACAACGCUGAGUAGACAAAAUCUGCGUGAUUUUGUAGUGACCUAUGCCAUCAAUGAUGAAAAGCGUAUCCAGUUCAGCUGGGAUCUCUUGCAGGCACCCUUCUAUAACUACAACUAUCCCAUGGCAAUGAAAUUCUCCUCGGUGGGUUUUGUAAUGGCCCGAGAAAUGGUCAAAUAUUUCGAUCAACAGGGCUGGGAGAAUAGUCCUGCCCCCCUGGUGAAUGUUUGGAAUGUGAACACAGUUGUGAAAUUUAAUCACAUUAAGGAAUGUUUUCGCACCCAGGCAAGCAAUUAUCUCUACAAUGCACCUCAGGUCUUUCGCAAUGGCACCCAGCUAAGACAGUUUUUGGCCGAUUCCAAUGCUGUGAAUAUAGCCUUUGGUGCCUACAUCAAUUGGCUGGAGGAGCAGCCAAUCAAUGGGGAGGAGUUGCAGAUGGAAACCUUGCCCGACGUGGAUUUCACCAAUACCCAGUUGUUUUUUAUCAACUUUGCCCAAACACGAUGUGCUGCUAGGCCCACAAAUGAUAAAGCCUCAAAAUCGGAACAUUUUCCCAUGGCCCGUCAUAAUCUGGAGAGAAUGUCCAUUAAUGGCCCUUUAUGGAAUGGCUAUGAAUUUGGUAGGGAUUUCAAUUGUCGUGUGGGAGCUAACAUGAAUGUGCAUGACAAAUGCUCGUCUUUUUAAGGGUUAGAAACUAAUUUAAAGUAUUUUAUUUUCUAAAAACAAGUUUUCGAAAUAAAAAACAAUUAAUUUUUUAAAUAUAAAAUAAAGGUACAAAUGUUAAGAAAUA